UAUACGUUAACGCAAAUCUAGGAAGGAAACAAACGUGGGCAGUCUGGUGAUGUUGCAGUAGCUCUGAUCAGACAUCAAGUUUGGAAAUAAGUUAAUUUAAAGCCGGGUAAAGUAAAAAGUAACUCGUUGGAUGUACGUUCAGGUUUAUGUGGAGUUGAUGAUGGAUUACCAACAGCUUGUUUAGCAGGCCUGGUAACGGAUGUUUCUAUCCCCUCGGACCCCGUACAAAUCAGCGCGUCCCGCUCCGUGGUCCAGAUGGAGAACUACCGCAAGGCGAGCACGGAGGAGGACCCCUCCCGCUGCCCGUUCCUCCACCUGUCCGCCGGCACGCCGCAGGUACUCGUCAAGGACGGCAGCAAGAUCCGCAACAUCCUGGGCUUCGCGUUGAGCCGCGUGGAGGCGCCCCGGCCGCGCCCCCUCCGCAAGGGGGACCGCCCGCCGGAAGGCGGAGCCACUGCAGGGGUCCCGGAGGUCCCGGAGAUCCCCGUGGACCCAAAGCCGCUCAGCAGGCAGAUCGUCUUCACGGCGACGGGGAAGGGCAUCUCCAAGGCCAUCACGUGCGCGGAGAUGGUGAAGCGGCGGCUGCGGGGUGGCGGCGGCGUGCACCAGCGCACGGAGCUGCAGUACAGCGCCGUGCGAGAGCUGUGGGAGCCCCUGGAGCCCGGAGCCGGGCUGGACGGACUGACAGUCAGCCGCAACGUCCCGGCCCUCUGGAUCCUGCUGUCCAGGGACCCGCUGGAGCCCCCGGGGCCCGCGGACCAGCCCCCGGGGACCUCGGACGGCCUGUGGGCGGAGGGGGAGGAGGAGGAGGAGGGGGAGGAGGAGGAAGAAGGGGAGGGAGGAAGAGGAAGAGGAAGAGGGAGGGCGGGGGCCAGGAAGAAGAGGGGAGGCUAUGGGGAACGAGGCGGAGGGAGGGGGGGCAGGGGGAGAGGUGGACGCCCCCCAGGGAGACCCAGAGGACCUGGGAGAGGCCCGUGCCACAUUGUUUUCAAAUAAACGGCAAGUGCCGAUACCACAACGUGUUGUUACAUCCACUGAAAUGUCCCGCAUCAUCCAGCACAGCUGUUCCAUCAAACGGUCAGUACCAUCAUACAGUAGCGCUGAGGGUACCGGCCCUAAGAAGUCGGUGGUUUACCAACCAAGCACAAUGAUGGCCGAAAUACCGUGACGGGCUGCUCAUGUAGGAAUGGCUGCCGUCUAUUGGCUCCUGGCUAAUGGCUGCCGUCUAUUGGCUCCUGGCUAUUGGCUGCCGUCUAUUGGCUCCUGGCUAAUGGCUGCCGUCUAUUGGCUCCUGGCUAUUGGCUUCCGUCUUUUGGCAUCUAUUGACAUUAGUCUUCAUGAAAGCAUCAAUAUUUUUAUUGUGAUAAUCGACCUGACUCAAUAAAGACGUCUGUUAAGGCUGACCACCUGCAUAUACACAUGGAUCUAAAUAUCGCAUCGUGAGUUAGGAUAGGAGUAGGCUUCACUCAAUGUGUAUGUAAGAGGGCUGGCCUGAAUAGUCAGAUCAAGUAAAGUAGGAGGGAUGCGGGACUAUUAAUGAAUCCACUUUUAUUUGCACAGACGUUUUGGCGUGUGCCUUCUUCAGUGUGCAUCAAUUAAAGUGUUUAACCGGUCUUCAAUAACCACACCCAUUGACAAAACCCCAUUGACAGCAACAAUUAAAUGUUAUCCAGUCCAUACAUGAUCAUUGUCACUAAUGUUUCAGACAGUCCAUUGAUGAGAAUAAAUUACAUUUAUGUAUACAUACGAAUGAACGUACAUUAUAUUUAUAAGAAACAACUUGGGGACAAACCUGCCUUCAUCCCAUUUGGGAUGAAGGCAGCCCCGGCCGCGCCCCAAGGGUCUCUACGAAUAGCACAGGCCCUUGUAGUCUUUCUUAAAUGUGAAGUCUGCAUUUUAUUUUCGUUCGGUGUAUAUUGUGUAAUUAAUAACCAGCAAUUGCUGGUAAUAACCAGCAAUAAAUGAUUUCAUUUAGAUUCAAAUAAUGUUUCUGGAAUUGGUAUCCGUUAUUAUAAAUUGUAUUUUCUUCUCUUCUAUUCUUCUGCUUUACCGCGUCUCUCAUGCGUCUUCACAUAGUCGGUAAACUUUGUCGAUGGAGAGUUCCUUUAAAUAUUGCCACCGUAAAGGAUUAUUGGAUACUAUCUCCUUUCCUUUCGCAAAGGUUGCUCAGGAGAAAUCUAUGCUCAAUGCUGUCAUCUAAAUUCACUGAAAGCCAUUUGGAUAAAUGCUGCUGAACACCUGAAUGAUAAAGUGUAAUAUGAAAUGUAUUGACCUGUCUUGAGCAAUGGCUUUCUGGAAUUUCCAAGAUGAAGUCAUCAUCCCAGGCCAGUACAGGGCCUUCAUAACACUGGGUAGUCAUGGUUACCCCCAGUACAUGGUGUUCACACACUGCCUCAGAGAACACCAAGUGAUGGUUACCAGUCCAUAGUUGUUAUUAAAAAUGUGGUUGUGUUUUUGGGGAAGUUCUGGAGGGGUGUGUAUGGAGCAAAGAGCUCUCCAUCUGGGCAUCGGUUUUCUUGUUGGGGGAGAAUCCAAAAUGACAUCAUCCCUACCCUGUUGACCCUCUGAAAAAACAACUUAUCGAACAAAUGCAUGAAAGAAAUGAUUUA